AUGAUGGACAUGACGGAAUUCGGGGAGGCUGCUCCCUUCCUCCGAAAGAGCGAGAAGGAGCUGAUGAUGGCACAGACUGUGGCCUUCGAUGGGAAGAAGAAAUGUUGGGUUCCCGAUGACAAGAAAGCUUACGUUGAAGCUGAAAUUACAGAAACCAGUGGUGGCAAAGUGACCGUGCAGACCACAGAUGGAAAGACCAUGACUAUAAAAGAAGAUGAUGUGCAGUCAAUGAACCCUCCCAAAUUUGACAUGAUCGAGGACAUGGCUAUGCUGACCCAUCUGAAUGAGGCAUCUGUGUUGUAUAAUCUGAGAAAGCGCUACAGCAACUGGAUGAUCUAUACCUAUUCAGGCUUAUUCUGUGUAACUAUAAAUCCCUACAAGUGGUUGCCAGUCUACAAGCCAGAGGUCGUUGCUGCAUACAAAGGGAAAAGGCGCUCAGAGGCUCCUCCCCACAUCUUCUCCAUCGCUGAUAACGCAUACCAUGACAUGCUGCGUAAUCGGGAGAAUCAGUCUAUGCUGAUCACCGGAGAAUCUGGCGCUGGCAAGACUGUCAACACGAAACGUGUCAUCCAGUACUUUGCCACAGUGGCAGCCCUGGGCGAACCUGGUAAAAAGACUGUAAGUCUGCUGGAGGAUCAACCAGCUACAAAAACUGGGGGAACCUUGGAGGAUCAAAUCAUUCAAGCAAACCCAGCCCUGGAAGCUUUUGGAAAUGCCAAAACCCUGAGAAAUGACAACUCUUCACGUUUUGGUAAAUUUAUCCGAAUCCAUUUUGGAACCACAGGCAAGCUGUCAUCUGCUGAUAUUGAGAUUUACUUAUUGGAGAAAUCCCGAGUGAUUUUUCAGCAGCCAGGUGAAAGAGACUAUCACAUCUUCUACCAAAUCCUGUCGGGAAAGAAGCCAGAGUUACUAGAUAUGCUACUGGUAUCUACCAACCCAUAUGACUACCACUUUUGCUCACAAGGAGUAGUUACUGUGGACAACUUGGAUGACGGAGAAGAAUUGUUGGCAACAGAUCAAGCCAUGGACAUCUUGGGAUUUGUGCCUGAUGAGAAGUCUGGUUCCUACAAGCUCACAGGUGCCAUCAUGCACUUUGGGAACAUGAAAUUCAAACAAAGACCCAGAGAAGAGCAGGCAGAGGCAGAUGGCACUGAAAGUGCUGACAAAGCUGCCUACCUAAUGGGAAUCAACUCCUCUGAUUUGAUUAAGGGUUUAUUGCACCCUAGAGUGAAAGUUGGCAAUGAGUAUGUGACCAAAGGUCAAAGUGUUGAGCAGGUUUUGUAUGCUGUUGGGGCCUUAUCCAAGGCAGUGUAUGACCGAAUGUUCAAAUGGCUGGUGGUCCGUAUCAACAAGACCUUGGACACUAAGCUGCCAAGACAGUUCUUCAUUGGAGUCCUGGAUAUUGCCGGGUUUGAAAUCUUUGAUUUCAACAGCUUUGAGCAACUCUGCAUUAAUUACACUAAUGAGAAACUGCAACAGUUUUUCAACCAUCACAUGUUUGUCCUGGAGCAAGAAGAGUAUAAGAAGGAAGGUAUUGAAUGGGUAUUCAUUGAUUUUGGCAUGGACCUGCAGGCCUGCAUUGAUCUAAUUGAGAAGCCAUUGGGAAUCCUGUCUAUCCUUGAAGAGGAAUGUAUGUUCCCGAAAGCUACAGAUAUGACAUUCAAAGCCAAACUCUAUGACAAUCAUCUUGGCAAGUCACCCAAUUUACAGAAGCCUAGGCCUGAUAAGAAAAGGAAAUAUGAAGCUCACUUUGAACUUCUUCAUUAUGCUGGUGCAGUUCCCUAUAACAUCAUUGGGUGGCUUGAGAAGAACAAAGACCCGCUUAAUGAAACUGUAGUGGGUAUUUUCCAAAAAUCAUCCAACAAACUCCUGGCAAGCUUGUUUGAAAGUUACGUUGGCGCUGACAGUGCUGACCAGGGUGGAGAAAAGAAACGCAAGAAAGGUGCUUCGUUUCAAACAGUGUCCUCAUUGCACAAGGAAAAUUUAAAUAAGCUGAUGACUAACCUAAAAUCUACAGCCCCUCACUUUGUACGAUGCAUUAUCCCCAAUGAAUCAAAGACUCCAGGUGAAAUGGAUGCUUUCUUGGUCUUGCAUCAGCUCCGCUGUAAUGGUGUCCUGGAAGGCAUCCGCAUUUGCCGUAAGGGUUUCCCAAACAGGGUGCUUUAUGCUGACUUUAAACAAAGGUACCGCAUUCUGAAUCCAGGCGCAAUCCCAGAGGAUAAAUUUGUGGAUAGCAGAAAAGCUGCUGAAAAACUUCUGGCAUCUUUGGAUGUUGACCAUAACCAAUAUCGUUUUGGACACACCAAGGUGUUCUUCAAGGCUGGUCUCUUGGGCCAUCUAGAAGAAAUGAGGGAUGAGAGACUUGCUAAAAUCUUAACGAUGAUCCAGGCAAGAGCACGUGGCAGACUGAUGCGGAUUGAGUUUCAGAAGAUAGUGGAGCGCAGGGAUGCCCUUCUUGUAAUUCAGUGGAACAUCCGCGCCUUUAUGGCUGUGAAGAACUGGCCCUGGAUGAAGCUUUUCUUCAAGAUCAAACCUCUUCUGAAGUCUGCAGAAACUGAAAAGGAGAUGGCCAAUAUGAAGGAAGAGUUCUUGAAACUGAAGGAGGCCCUGGAAAAAUCUGAAGCCAGGAGAAAAGAACUUGAAGAAAAGCAAGUCUCUUUAGUUCAGGAAAAAAAUGAUUUGCUUCUCCAGCUCCAAGCUGAGCAAGACACUCUGGCAGAUGCCGAGGAACGAUGUGACUUGUUGAUUAAAUCCAAGAUUCAGUUGGAGGCCAAAGUCAAAGAACUGACAGAGCGGGUUGAGGAUGAGGAAGAGAUGAAUUCUGAGCUGACUUCUAAGAAGAGAAAAUUGGAAGAUGAGUGCUCUGAGCUCAAGAAGGAUAUUGAUGAUCUUGAAAUAACACUUGCAAAAGUAGAGAAAGAGAAGCAUGCUACUGAAAACAAGGUCAAAAAUCUGACGGAAGAAAUGGCGGCUCUUGAUGAGAAUAUCAGCAAACUUACUAAGGAGAAAAAGUCCUUGCAGGAAGCUCAUCAGCAAGUUUUGGAUGACCUACAAGCAGAGGAGGACAAAGUUAACACACUGAGCAAAGCUAAAGUGAAACUGGAACAGCAAGUGGAUGAUCUUGAGGGCUCACUUGAACAAGAGAAGAAAGUGAGGAUGGAUCUAGAAAGGGCAAAACGCAAACUGGAAGGGGAUUUGAAGUUGACCCAAGAGAGUGUCAUGGACUUGGAGAAUGAUAAGCUCCAGAUGGAAGAAAAGCUAAAAAAGAAAGAAUUUGAAAUGAGCCAGCUGAAUUCUAAGAUAGAAGAUGAACAAGCUAUAGUGAUGCAGCUGCAGAAGAAAAUCAAGGAGCUUCAGGCUCGUAUAGAAGAACUAGAAGAGGAGUUGGAAGCAGAAAGGGCUGCUCGAGCCAAGGUGGAAAAGCAGAGAUCAGAUUUGGCCCGAGAGCUGGAGGAAUUAAGUGAGCGACUUGAGGAGGCUGGGGGAGCCACAGCUGCCCAGCUGGAGAUGAACAAAAAACGUGAGGCAGAGUUCUUGAAGCUGCGGCGGGACCUUGAGGAGGCCACACUGCACUAUGAAGCCACAGCCGCCACCCUGAGGAAGAAACAUGCGGACAGUGUGGCUGAGAUGGGAGAGCAACUGGACAACCUGCAGCGGGUCAAGCAGAAACUGGAAAAGGAGAAAAGCGAGCUGAAGAUGGAAGUGGAUGAUCUGUCAUCCAACAUGGAGCAGAUGGUCAAGGGAAAAGCAAAUGCAGAGAAACUUUGUCGCACUUAUGAAGACCAUCUGAAUGAGACAAAAACAAAGCUGGAGGAAAUGACUCGCCUCAUGAAUGACCUCACAACUCAGAAGACAAAACUCCAGAGUGAAAAUGGUGAAUUUAUAAGACAACUUGAAGAGAAAGAGUCACUGAUAAGUCAGCUGUCUAGGGGGAAAACCUCGUUUACACAACAGAUUGAAGAACUUAGGAGACAGCUAGAAGAGGAAACCAAGUCCAAAAACGCCCUGGCUCAUGCCCUGCAAGCAGCCAGGCAUGACUGUGAUCUCUUGCGGGAGCAGUAUGAGGAGGAACAAGAGGCCAAGGCAGAGCUGCAGCGGGCUCUCUCCAAGGGAAACGCAGAAGUGGCACAGUGGAGGACAAAGUACGAAACUGAUGCCAUUCAGAGAACUGAGGAGCUGGAAGAUGCCAAGAAGAAACUGGCCGCUCGCUUACAAGAAGCUGAGGAAGCAAUCGAGGCAGCCAAUGCCAAGUGCUCUUCUCUGGAAAAGACAAAGCACAGGCUGCAGAACGAACUGGAAGACAUGAUGAUUGACCUGGAGAAGGCCAACUCGGCAGCUGCCUCCCUGGACAAGAAGCAGCGUGGGUUUGACAAGAUCAUCAAUGACUGGAAGCAGAAGUAUGAAGAGUCACAGGCUGAGCUGGAAGCUUCCCAGAAGGAGGCUCGUGGCCUCAGCACUGAGCUCUUCAAGCUGAAGAAUGCCUAUGAGGAAACACUGGACCACCUGGAGACACUGAAAAGGGAAAACAAGAACCUCCAGGAGGAGAUUUCUGAUCUGACCAACCAGAUCAGUGAAGGAAACAAGAGCCUCCAUGAAAUAGAAAAAAUCAAAAAACAGGUUGAACAAGAGAAGUCAGAAGUUCAGCUGGCUCUGGAGGAAGCAGAGGGAGCUUUGGAGCAUGAAGAAAGUAAGACCCUUCGUUUCCAGCUUGAACUUUCUCAGCUUAAAGCUGAGUUUGAAAGGAAACUGACAGAAAAGGAGGAAGAAAUGGAAAAUAUAAGGAGAAACCAGCAACGUGCCAUAGAUUCCCUGCAGUCUACCCUUGACUCUGAAGCACGGAGCAGAAAUGAGGCCAUCCGGCUGAAGAAGAAGAUGGAAGGGGACCUCAAUGAGAUGGAAAUCCAGCUUAGCCAUGCUAACAGGCACGCUGCAGAAGCAACAAAGUCAGCACGUGUCUUGCAGGCACAGAUAAAGGAGCUUCAGGUGCAGCUGGAUGACUCAGGACACAUGAAUGAAGAUCUGAAGGAGCAGCUGGCGGUCUCUGACAGGAGGAACAAUCUUCUCCAGUCAGAGCUGGAUGAGCUCAGGGCUUUGCUGGACCAGACCGAACGGGCAAGAAAGCUGGCAGAGCAUGAACUGCUGGAAGCCACAGAACGUGUGAACCUGCUUCACACUCAGAACACAAGCCUGAUCAAUCAAAAGAAGAAGCUGGAGGGUGACAUUUCCCAGAUGCAGAAUGAAGUGGAGGAAUCGAUCCAGGAGUGCCGGAAUGCAGAGGAAAAAGCCAAGAAAGCAAUCACAGAU